CCUCAGGUCGUGCCGAGACAGGGUGCGUGCAGGGGGCAGAGGGGGUCUGCAAAGAGCCCCAGGGCUGGCACUGCCACCAGAAGUGGUGGCUCACGCUUUGCUGGAGACGUGCUGGGAGACCUGGGGGGUCCUCCCUGGUCGUGCAGUCUGGGAGCAGCCUGGCAAGGGCAGAGCCUGGGCCAUCAGCCUUCCUUGCUGGGUACAUCACAGCCCACUGAACCCUUCUCAUGUCUUAUCCCCCCAUUUCUUGCAGGCCUGAAGCCACCCAAGGACUCGGGCAUUUCCAAAAGGAGCCCAGCUGAGCUGCUGACCUGGGAGUGGGCAGGCUGUAGGCUGGUGGAGGGAGAUGCUGACAAGGAAGCAGAGGAGUUGGAAGCCCCUGGGAUGCUGGGUGCCUGGGCAGUUAGCCACCCUGUGUGUGCAUCUGGGGAUUUGAAUGGAAAGGUUGUCCCCCAGGACCAUGCUGAAUGUGCUGCUGCUGUGCUGCGGGCUACUGCAGGGGAUCCAGGCCAUCCUCACCACUGACCUCAGCUGUGGCCACCUGCAGAAGGUGAGUGGUGGGCUGGAGGGGGCGGACAGAGCCCGCUACUCUGGCCUGCUAUGGAAAGUCAAGGAGGUGUCUGCGGAGCCAGUGGGAGCUCUCCCCACGCUGGGGCUUGAGCAGAUGGCCCUGGAGGUCCCAGAAGCUGAUGGUGACCUUGUGCAGAGAGGCAGCACGCUGGAACCGCAGCAGUCAUUGUCCACAGAACUGCAAGCUGCAGGCCGCGAAGAGCGUUCCCCCCGCCGCUGCGUCCGCCUCCUGGAAUCCUGCCUUGGGCAUCAGGUCCCCUGCUGCGACCCCUGUGCCUCUUGCUACUGCCGCUUCUUCAACGCUUUUUGCUACUGCAGGAAAAUCAGCAGCAGUUUUCCCUGUGGCAAGAACUAGCACCCGUGUCGUGGGGCUUCUUGCUCCUUGCCCAUAUGUGCUGCCUCCUCCU